AUGGCAUCACUAUCGUCAAAUUUCACAUAUGACUAUAUUGUUAAGUAUAUUAUAAUCGGUGAUACAGGUGUUGGAAAGGCCGGGCAAGAAUCUUUUAGAAGUAUAACGAGGAGUUAUUAUCGUGGUGCAGCUGGUGCUUUGUUAGUUUACGAUAUCACCAGACGUGAAACUUUUGAACAUCUACAUAUUUGGUUGGAGGAUGCUCGUCAGCACUCCAAUUCUAACACUACAAUAAUGCUUAUUGGUAAUAAGAAGGAUCUUGAAACUAAACGUGCUGUUUCUUAUGAGGAAGGUGAAAAGUUUGCCAGGCAGAAUAAUUUAUUUUUUAUAGAAGCUUCUGCAAAAACUGCAGAAAAUGUUGAAAAGGCAUUUAAUAUUCCAGCUCAAGAUAUUUAUAGAAAAAUCAAAGAAUCAAUAUUUGAUGUUACAAAUGAGGCGCAUGGUAUUAAGGUUGGAGGUCAAUCUAGAAUUGGGUCCAAUACGGUACCAAUUGAUGCAAAGGGUGGCAAUAAUGAAUGUUGCAAAUAA